CGAGCGGAGCGGACGUGUUUAGUGAGUCGCUCCGUGACAGCAGUGUAUACAGUGGAAAGUGUACUACAAGUGAUACAGAGUUAGAUACGCCGUGCUUAGAAGUGCGUGUUUACAAAAAGUGCAACAGUCAGCGGUAAGUGUGGGUAAUAGUGGUGCAGUGAACCACACCCCAUAGCACAAAAAAAAACCCACAACUACUAUGAUGAAGGAAGAGCAAACUGCCCAAAAACAAAAGAACAACGAAUCAGAUACGGAAAUGGAUGUGGAAUGUACCGUGGACAGUAGCCCUCAAAAUGAGGACAGCAGCGCCCAUCACAACAACAAUAACAACAGCAAUCAAAACAACAGCACUACAACAACAAAAAAUAAUAACAACAUGCCAAGCCAAACGCUGAAUGGACAAACAACCAGUCAACACCAUAACAACACCACUGAGGAAAGCAGAGCAGCUCUGGACAAACAUGAACAACAAUUGCCAGGUAAUAAUUACAAAAAAAAAACUACCACAACAAAGACUAGCAGCCGCCCCCCCUCUCAGUGUGAAAACCCCACCCACAACACGGCAGAACCAAACCAAAACCAAUAUACCCCAAACAAAAAACAUGGGGUUAUCUUUGAAGCAGUGGAGGGCCUCUCCAUUGAACAGUACUUAAGAGAAAUAGCAGAUAAAAUUGGGGGAAGCAAUAUUAAGUAUGCAUCCAGAUUGGGUGGGGGAAGAAUUUGUAUAUAUCUCGCUGCAGAAACGUAUGUAAAACAGAUAUGUACCCCUGGGGGAAUAAACAUUGGAGACAACUUUAUCCAGUGCAGGCCAUAUAUUAUGGCAUCAAAACGCGUAGUGCUAAGUAAUGUACUACCGGAUAUCCCAGAUGACGUCAUACAACCAUUAUUACAAACGUUUGGAAAACCUACGUCCCAAAUCACACAGCUUCCAAUCUCUACAACACACCCUGACUUGAAACACAUUAAAUCAUUUAGACGACUGGUGUAUAUGAUAAUACCGAACAUGGAAAAAAUGCCGAGCACCCUUAACAUUCGAUAUGACGGAGUAGCGUAUGUCAUCUAUGUCACUAGCGAUGAUGUCACAUGUACAAACUGUCAAAAGCCAGGGCAUCUGGCAAGGAAUUGCCACACAACAGCACAAGAAAGGUUGGGCCCCAUAACUUUUGCAGACCUGGCAGCGGGAAGAAGAAAAACGCAUACAACCCAACGGACAGACGAACCAACUGCACCGUCCACUUCAGCCGGGGAGAAACAAGAAACCAUAGAGCAGACCACAACACACUUCCCAGUCCUCACACAGCAUAGGCAAAGACUUCGCCCAACAGCCACCACAAAAGUGAUAACAACACCGAAGUCAGACACAAAGGACAUAACCACCCUAAACGUAAACAAAGAAAAUCCACAGGAACAAAAAAACAGAGAGGGAACACAUACAGAAAACUGUCAAGUAGAGGUGAGCACUAACAACCCCCACCCCUCUCCUACAACAAUAAAUGUCAACACACUAAACCCCAACUUAAGCACACAUAUGACUGAAACAAAACUAACACAACAAAAGGAAAAACAACAACAGUUGGAUGCAACAAAAGAAGAACAAGCAGAACAGAUGGAAGGACAGGAAAAUAGCGACGCAGAAUCCUUAUCAUCGAACGAUCCCGGAAACUCACAGGAAGAACCUAUAAGCAACUCUCAACAAGCAAAACGACACAAAAUAAUGACUGCUGACCAUAAAGCAAUAGACAGACUCUGUGAGAGUCUAAAAGGGAACGAGAAGAAUCCAAUAUCAACUACCACAUUAUCUCAUUUCCUCAAGGCCUGCAGAGGGCAAAAAGAACCUAAAACCAUAGCAAAGGAUCACACUACAAACAUCACGGGACUGAUCGAUAUGCUAGAAGAAAACUUGUUUACCACAAAAGACUACAAUCUCAGACGAAGAAUGAAACGCAUACUUGAAGGCCUCAAACAGUAAAGUGAAACUAGAGACAAAUAAAUACUUAAAGAAGGAACUCUUGUUGGUGGUGUGCUUGUUUCUAUAUACUCAGUACCUGAUGGUAAACAUACUAACGUUAAACACGCGUGGAAUCAAAGGGGGAGUCAAACAGGAACAACUAGCCCUAUACGCUAAGAGACAAAAAGCGCAAAUCCUACUCCUACAAGAAACAAACCUCUCCGAGACAUCAGAACUGCCGGGAUUGCCCCAAUAUAUUACAAUACAAAAUAUAGCCACACAGAUGGGGUCAGGUACAGCAAUUGCCUUACAUAAAGACUUACAACCCCAUACGAAAAUCCAUUCGCACCAAGCCUUAGUAACAGGAUACCUGCAGACAUGCCACCUCACUAUAUAUGAUACGGAAAUCCAGAUAAUUAAUAUAUAUAUGCCCAUAAAUAACAAAAGUGCAAUAACAGUGUAUGAGGCGCUGAAGAAGCAUAUGGAAACAAUCCCGCUGAACAGGAAAAUACUAAUGGGAGGGGACUGGAACGUCACAUUGGAAGAAACUGACAGGAAAAACCACAUUGAGAAAAGAACAAUACUAGCCAAACAACUCUAUAACUUAAUAAAUACACAUGGAAUGAUAGAUGUCUGGAGAACGUAUCAUCCAGAGAACAAACAAUUUACAUUCCAAGGAAAUCAGAUAACAUCCCCAAAAUCAAGACUAGAUAGAAUAUAUAUAAAAAAAAACUGGCUCCAACAAACCAACUCCAUUCGGAUCUGCCCAUACUUUAUAGACCAUGCAGGACUAGUCCUAAACAUACUCCCACAUAGAGAAAACCAUCGGUCUGAUAUAUGGAAAAUCAAAAACAACCUCCUCAAUGACAAAUCCUUUACAGAAUAUAUGACCGCAAUUAUACAAUACUAUUCUACAUUAGCUAAUGAGGAAGGAGAAUUGAAUGAAGCAUGGGACGAGAUGAAACGGGAACUAAAGCUACAAGCACAAAGAUAUGAAGAAAACAAAAGACAACGUCGAAACCAACAAUAUAUACAAAUAGAGCAACAAAUAGACUAUCUAACAAGUAAAACGCAACUUAAUGAAACAGAAGAGCAUGUCCUCCAUACUGUAGGCACAACCUUAAAACGAAAGUUUCAACAUGAUGCAAAACAAAAUAUAUUACACGAAUACACUCUAAACCAAAAGGAAAAAAACUCAUGCCUCCCAAUAUUUCCUUCUAAAGAUGGUCACAGUGCGCGACCUCGGAUACACACGCUUGAAAUAAAUGGAAAGCUAGAGACAGAAGCCAACAAAAUACGUACAGAAGUAAGGAGAUACUACGAAGAGCUCUACAGGAAAAAAGGAAACAACCCCAAUAUAAACGAUGACGUCUACAACAGGCUGCCGGAGUUAAACAAGGAAGAAAAACAAAAAUGCGAUGCCCAAUUCACCUUAACGGAACUAACUACAGCCCUUAAUAACACAAACACAGGGAGAGCACCUGGAUUAGAUGGACUAACAUACGAAUUUUACAAAAAAUUCUGGAAACAAAUAGGACCCCUACUGCUGAGAGUAGCGAACAACGGAAUGAAACAAGAAAAAUUGCCCACUUCAAUGUAUCAAGGCAUGAUCACCUUAGUACCAAAGAAAGGUAACCCUACACUCCUUGCUAAUUGGAGACCAAUCACGCUGCAAAAUACAGACUAUAAACUGAUUACUCGAUGUUUAGCAAACAGGAUAACAGAAGUGCUUCCGACCCUUAUCACCACCGACCAGAGUUACUGUGUCCCAAAAAAAACGAUACAUACAAACUUGCAUCUCAUUAGAGAUGCCAUAGAAUAUGCAAAUCAGAGGGACCUACCUCUAGCAAUUAUAUCGCUAGAUCAGGCAUCGGCUUUUGACCAAGUGGAACACCAAUACAUCUUCCGGGUACUAAAUAAAUAUGGAUUUGGUACAACCUUCAUUAA